UCGCCAAUUUAUCUAUGCGCCCGCAUCUGAGGCGAGGCCAGUCGAAUUGAAGAGAUCAACAACAAGUGGGAAAAGGCUAUUUUAUUACACUUACAUCAGAUAGAAGAACCAUGUCAUCCCCUGUGCAUUCAGAUGGCUCGGUGUUGAGGCGGUCGUCCAGGAAGAGACGAAACUCAUCGAUAUCCUGUUCAGACAGUCAUACUUCGAAUUCGGCGGAAUUACCCAGUAACAUGUCAAUUCAAGAGAAAAGAAAGUCGGGAGUGUAUACGCAGCGGGUGGAAAAGCCAAUAACCCCACGCAAAUCAUCCAAGAGGGUUCGCUUCUCGGACUUAGGACCUUGUCACCACGGACUGGGCGAUGCCUCCACGGGUCUUACUCCAGCAAUUCUUCGCACCUCGUUUGAAGAGUCGAGUCCCAAGUCCAAUUCUCGCACUAGACGGCGCUCGACUCCCAUGGUACGCUCUCGUCGCUCGCUAGAUUCUGCAUUUCCUCUUUUGACACCGCAGCCGGGAAACAUAUUCCAGUGGACACCCCUACGUCAAGUCCUGGACUCACGAACUCAGCGUCGUAUUCGGCGCGUCGGCUUGAGUGACGAGAUCAACCAGUACGAACGAGAGAAACGUGACGCGGUGAAGUUUGAGAAGGCUCUGGAAAUUCUCCGCCAAGAAAGAAAUGUACAAGAUGCAGAGAUUGCGCGGCUCAAAGAGGAGCUACAUAUGAAGGAAACUCCCAGCUCGGGGUCAAGCGACAAGACAUCCAUGUUCGAAACAGAUUUCACGUCAGAUAGGUCUAGAGCAUCUUGCUCCGCACCUUCAACACCUAUCUCAAGCAGUCCAACCCGCCAUUUGAACAAUAUGGACGAUAUAGACGACACGAUUAUGUUUAAUGAUAGUGGAUUCGAAAACGAUACACUUCUCGCGUCGAAUUCCCCCGAAAUGAGGCCUCGAUAUGAUGCCCGGCCUCUUCUACCGUCUGGCCUAUCGCUUCUAAUGAGCACAUCCUCGGGUGUUGACGCUUCUGCACAAGCAUCUAUGACUGAUCCCAAACAAGAAGCUGACAUAUUCAAUCUUUCGCGUGACCUGGAAGCCGCUAAGCGGGAGAAAAGAGCGAUUUUUCAUCAGUGGAAAACGAGCAUGCUUCCGCUUCAUGGAAAGUCAACUGAUGAGUUGUCCCGUCUAUCAUCUCCUCCACCAGACUUCUGGGAUCAGAUUAUCCCAACCCUGACAGAUGCACUCACGCGUGCAUCUGAUGCUGCUCAGGCUUUGGAGUCGAUGGAACAGGAGAUCUCGGGCCUAGGGUUUUCUGGGGACAAUACAAAGGAUAUCAUCGCUGAUAUACGCUGCCACUUUCGUUCCGCUCGACUUGAAUUGGAACGAGCUGUACCUGGAGAGACUGCCAAUGUCAGUCUGGAGAAUGGAAGUGCGACGCUAGAUGCUUUAGUGAAAAGACUCAAACUGGUGGUCAAGAGCCUUGAGACCGAGCGCCAUAGGCACAAUGGCUCUAUUAGUCGAGAAAAGGCCUUGCGAGGCCAGUUUGAUGCAUUGCUCGCAAGAUAUGAGGCUGCAUCGAAGAAACUCGGUGACCUUGAAAAUACAAUCUCCUCUUCAGCCAGUGAUAUGCUGCACACGAGGAUGAAAAUGCAAGACCUCGAACGUGAGGGGAAAGAGCAGGCACUUGGAAUUGACAGGUUGAACGCAGCACUGAUCAAGUACCGUGAAGAGAUAAAGGGCCUCGAGGCCCUCGUCACAAGUCUCGAGAAAGAGAAUUCAGCCUGCCAGGAUAGCUAUACUUCAGAGCUAUCGGAACUCAAAGCUAAGCUGACGAACGAAGAAAAAAUGCGACAUGCUUCCCAGGCAGAUCUUAGCCGUUAUGAGGGGCGAAUCAAAGAGCUGGAAAGAAUGCUUCAGCAGAACGUCAUUCGCGUCUGUGACUUGACUGCAAGGAUUGAGUCCUUGGAGAAGGAGCGAGAGGAAGUCGUAGCACAGCUAGAGCAGAAGAUCGUCGAUCACCUGCAGUUUCACGAAACUGAGACGGGAGCUCUCAACGUGCGGAUCUCGGAACUUACCACUUCCCUCGAUAGUACAAACUCGGAAGUUGAGCAACUGCGUCGCAUCAAAACUGGUUUGGAGGAACAACUGGAUCUUGAAAUAAACGCAAAAGACGCUCUUCUAGACCGAUGGCAAGCAGACCAAGCUCGUUCUUUUGCAUUCAUGAAAGAGUCUAUCAACGCAGAGAGACGAAAGACCAAAGUACGCACCGCAAACCGGCACCUCCAAUCCGAUGACCUCCAGUCCGACAUUACGAAUAUUGGAAGUGAGCCCAUUACCCCUGUCAGCAUGACAAGGUUUGUCGACGUCGAAGUUGGCCGAGGGAAGCACCGACGGCGGCUCGAUAGUGGGAUUGGAAUCUUGUCUGAGGAUCUUUUGGAAGAUAUGGAAAAUGAACCAGAACUUCCACCAUGUCUGCCAUCUGAUAUUGAUCUACCAAGCUCAGAUGCAGUCUUUUGAACCCCGUUUUCUUUCUUCUUCGGUUUCAAUUGCUCUCCUUUCUAUUUCUUCUUUUCUUUGGCGUCCAUUACGAUAUGGAAAUCUUAUAUACAUUCCCUAUAUUUCCUUUCUUAUCUAUAUUUGUUUAAUCAUCUCAGUCCCUGGCUCAUAUACUCGAGGGGUUUUCUUAUAAUUAUAUUUGACCUUUAGCCUGUUCAUUGGAGU